CAGGCAAUCGUAUUAGAGACGCGUCCUCUGUCUCGGACUGAAUAAGAGUGAACAGUUAUUGAGUUCCCUAACAUUUGCAACAUGGCCCUUGCCGAUGCGAUGUUGCCUUCGAUAAAUACAUUUUCAAGCAUCCAGAUUUUAGACGAAAAGCAUGCUGAAAUAGUUCAGAACUGGAAAACUGACCCCACUAAAACCAGCUCACCAGGUGGGGACAUGAGACCCCUCAUCGAGGUGGAAUUCAGCAUUGUUGAAUCGCCACCUUUGGCCAAAGACGAGGACGACCUUUCCAAAUUUCUGGAUCUUGAGUUUAUUCUAUCCAACUCUGUCACAUCAGAGAAUGACAACAACUCCGCGCAGCAGCCGCACGCCUAUUCUUUACCCGAGUCACCCGAAAGCUGCAGUACUGUCUACGACAGCGAUGGCUGUCUCCCGACGCCAAACGCCUAUUGCGGCAACAACUUUAGCGCACCUCCUGGUCACAGUCUGGUGGCAGAGUUGUUCACCCCGGACAUGAAUUAUCAUAGCGACUCGUCGCAAGAAUAUAAUUUAAAAGGACCUUUAGAAAUGCUGGAGUACACCGAAUUAAGGGCUCUAAACUCGCGAAACCCGGCACACUUAUCCAAUUCAAACCACGCGGGAUACAAAAUAAAAACUGAAAAUCACGAGCAACCUUGCAUGAUGGUAAACGCCUACGUGGGACAUUAUUAUGGACAAGAACCCCAACGCGUGCAGCAUCAGGUUUAUGGCCACCACAGUAUGCAACAAGAUGUGUCUAGGGACAUGUUAGCGACGAAAGACUGCAUCUUAACCGAGAUGAACUCUCACCAUCACAUUAACAUUGCACAUCAACAACAGUUCAUGAACAGCGCGCCCUUCCCACCGCAGUAUGGCCAGCAUCAACAGUAUCACGGACAUUACAGCGUGUUUAGCGAACCAUUGCGAACAAAUCACCCGGCAAUGCCAGGUGUGAUGUUGACCCCGCCAUCUUCACCGCUCCUGGGAUUGCUGAAUCCAGAAGACAGCAAGCCCAAACGAGGGCGUCGCUCGUGGGCUCGAAAACGGACUGCAACGCACAGUUGCGAAUUCCCCGGCUGUGGGAAAACGUACACAAAAAGUUCCCAUUUGAAAGCCCACAUGCGGACACACACAGGCGAGAAACCUUACCACUGCAGUUGGGAAGGCUGUGGCUGGAAGUUCGCCAGGUCGGACGAGUUGACGCGUCACUACAGGAAACACACAGGACACAGGCCGUUUCAGUGCCACCUGUGCGAGAGAGCCUUCUCCCGCUCAGAUCACCUGGCCCUGCACAUGAAGAGGCAUAUGUAAAAAGAGACAGAGAGACUAUAUCUGUUUUAAACGACUAGAGGAUUUUAUAUUUUUAGGACACAUCCUAUUUUUGGAUAGCAGUUAUAUGUGAAUAGAUGUGUAAUAUCAUUUGCUUUAACUUAUGGCAGUAUUUAAUAGGAGAUACACGUACAAUUAGAGUGUAAAUAAUGUAGUACUUUCCCAGAUGUAUAAAAACAGGGCAGGACCCAUGCUUGUAUAUAUAUAUGUUUUUUUUUUUUUUUUUUUUAAUCUCCAUUUAUACCUGCAUUUGUAUUCAGCCAGGGAUUUUUCUUUUUUCAUGGAUUUGAAACAGAAUUAAAAGCGUUGUCAUUUUUUUGUACUCCAGCUUCAUGUCUCAUUUUGUGAAGUGUCUCAUUUAAAAUGCCGAGAUAUCACUUUGAUUAAAGGCCUUAAAUCAAGAUACUAAGAUGUAGCACGAAUAAUUUUUCCUCCACAAAAUGGACUGAGGAAAAAACAAUGGACAAAAGGGGACAGUAUGAAAAUAAAUGAAAAUGUAGUCAGAAUUUACCCAUCCCAGUGUUGUUUUAAACCCAUGUGACUUUUUGUUUUUCUUAACACAAAUGAUGUCAUUCAAUUACAGGUGUGACCAGGGCCAUAGCUAGUGGGGUGAAAGUUGGUAACGAUUCUAUGGGCCCACAGGUCCAGGGGGGCCUCACAGCAAAUUCUAAACGUAAUUCUUUUUU